CUUGUAACUGUAGCGCCGAUGGGACAGUGGGACAAAGCAACGUGUGCCAGCAAAGCGGAGGCCAAUGCCCCUGCAAGCCAAACAUUAUAGGCAGAGUGUGUGACACCUGUGCCGAUGGUUACUUCUCAUUCCCAACUGGCAGACCAGAUCGGGAUUGCCUGCCUUGUGACUGCGACAGAGGCGGCUCCUUAGAUCCCAACUGUAACAAGACAACCGGGCAAUGCUCCUGCAAAGUUAACAUCACAGGUGUUAAAUGUAACCAGGUUAUUGCAGGCAACUUUGUUCCUGCGAUUGACAUGUUGGCUUUUGAGCCCAAAUCUGGUGGAUGUGAGGUGACCAGUGAUCUUACACACCUCAGAACCCUUUCGAUGGGCAAGGGUUUGCAGUGUGUAAUGUCAGCUCCGUGA